AUGAAUGAUAAAGAAACACCCGAUAGUCCAUUACAUCCAGGACCUAAUGAAGAGAUAAAUCCUCAAAAUCUACCUACUACAAAAUUACAAGAUGAUAGUCUAAAUUUAAAUCCUGAAUUAUAUGAUGAAGACGAUGAAGAGGAAAAUGAAGCAAUUGAAAAGAAUAAUAUAACCAUACCUGAAAAUUUAGAAGCGGAAGAUUCCAAAAUAGCUCAACAGGAAAUUGUACCCAAUGUUGAAGAAGAAGGACUAGAAGAAGAAGAAUUUGAAGACAUUGACUUGACAAGUCUAAAUCAACUUACUCUACCUUUUGAAGAACAAUUACAAAAUUUCAUAUCAACAAAUCUCAGUAACAAUUCAAAUGCUUUACACCAAGAAGAAUCACUUUCAUUAACUCAACAACUGAAAUUUAUUAAUUAUAUUGAUGAAAAAUUAUUAAUUUUACAAAGACAAUUUAUAAAACAACAAUCAGAAUCUAAAAUAAUUUAUCCAUUGAUUGAUUUAAUUAAAAAUUUAAAUGAGAUCAUAAAUUUAAUAUGGAAAAGUAUAAGUCUAAAUUUUAAUAAUAAUAACAAUCAAAAAUUGAAUUUAUUUGGUCAAGAAGAAUAUUAUAUUAAAAUUUUGGGAGAUUUAGAAGAAUAUUUAUUACAUUAUCAAAUUUUAUUCAAACAAAAUUUUGAAAUUGAUAGUCAAGGUAAAAGAUUUAUAAAUAUUGAUAUAAAUGAAAUUAUUCAAUUUUUUAAAUUUUUAAUUAAUCUAGAUUUACAAAUGUCAGUAUUGCUUGGAUCAUCAAUUUCAAAUGGUGAUGAAGAAAUUGAAGAUUCAAGAAAUAUAUCAACGUCAAAAAAACUGAAAUUCAGUAAUACAGAAAUUAUAAGGUUAUCUCCAAUCGUCAAUAGAAUAAGAAUUUUAAUUAUUGAAAAAUUAGAAAGACUAAGUAAAGAAAUUAAAUCAAAAAAUUUGAAGAAUUUAUUGGAAUUAGAAUCAAGUAAAAUAUUUGAAGGAACUUUGGAAAGGAUAUAA